ACUGGAGUAGUCGUGGUUUUAAACUCAUGUUGGACGGAUUUAAAGUGGAUGAGCUUAGUUUUCACCGCUUUAAAACACACAGUUCGAUUCUUUGUUGCUUUUUCCGACGGCAAGCCAAAAUGCAGUCCCAUUUCUCCAGAGCGGACUGGUCUGUGCUGCUCUGUUGUUAUUCAUGGUAACGUUUCCGGCCGCGUCAAGGUCCCGCCGGAGCUCCAGUUUUAACAACUUGUCAUUGUGUUUGCCAUGCCUUUCUCUCCGCAGAUUUUACCACAGUUCGCUAUAUGAGUUUCAGUAUUUGUUUUUCGCUGAGAUGAAGUUGCAUUGCGACGUCGAGGUGGUGAAUCGGAUGCUUCCCACCUUCGGCAUGAAGAAUCGAGGGAAGGGCGCAAGGGCCGUGCUCUCGCUUGGAGUGGUUAAGCCACGCAGCAGCAUCUACAUGAUGAUCUGCACCGCAAAGGACCGAGCGGGGUCAAAGUACAAGUUGAGAGACAACAUAGAGAGGUUCUUCACGUCGUUCGUAGAGGAGGGCAAGGCCACUGUGAGGCUAAAGGAGCCUGCCGUUGACAUAUGUCUGAGCAAGGCUCAUGUCAAUAGCUUGAAGAGCUUCCUCAGUUUGGUUCGUUUGGCAGAUAGAGGAAGUGAUGCAAGCAGCCUUCCUCUCUCCACGCUCACUGCUGUUAAGGCCAAGGAUGUGGAAAAACCUAAGAAAAAACUCACUAUUGUUUCCAAGAAAGACUACCCACUCACCUCCAACUUCCCGUAUUCUCUGGAACACCUCCAGGUGUCCUAUUGCAAGUUGUCACGUGUUGACAUGCGAAUGCUGUCCCUUAAAGCUCUCCGCAAGCUUGACCUCAGUAACAACCACAUUAAGAAGCUCCCUGCCACAAUUGGUGAUCUCAGCUGCCUGGCUGAACUUGUCCUCCACAACAAUCACCUGGAGAGCUUCAGCGAGGCCCUCUGCCUGUCCUCGCUGCAGCAGACCCUCCAACACUUAGACCUCAGCCAAAAUCGACUACAACGCCUUCCCUCACAGUUCUGCCAGCUUCGGGAGCUGAUCAACCUCAAGUUGGAUGAGAAUAAGCUUGUCUGGCUUCCCCUCAGCGUUGGCCGCCUCUCAAAGUUGAGGUUCCUGUCGGCAGCGCAUAACCAUCUGGCCGUGCUACCCAGCGACUUCCGUAAGUUGAGCCUGGAGAACUUGGACCUGUUUGGGAACCCCUUCACCCAGCCCAAUCCCCUGGACCACUCCGUCCACCUCACAUUCCCCCUCCCACUUCAGGAGAUAGCUGCCAGGACUGUGGUCAACCUCAGGAAAUCAUACGGACCUCACCUCAUCCCUGCUCACUUAUGUUGCGACCUGGAAAUGGCAAAGAGGUGCAACUGCGGCUAUUUCUGCAUCAACUUUUACAUCAAGACAACGGUGAGAAUGAACCUGCACCAGGUCUCUCACACAGUGGUCCUGGUGGAUGACAUGGGAGGCACACAUGCCCCAGUACAACAAUACUUCUGUUCCCUCUCCUGCUACUCUGUGUUCCUGGACAAAUCCCUCCAGGGAGGAGUUAGAUGAGAGACAGCAGACUCUUAUUUUGGCAAGUGGAAAUCACAAUAGCCUUGUUCCAGAUUGAGUUAAGCUGUAAACUUCUGAAUGUUGUUACAGUUACACUAUGUUUCACAAGACAUAGUUGUGGGGUAGGUGGUUACUCGAUAGAAGACUGAAAAAAAGAAUUUGCAGCGGUACAUAACUUCGGUGCAGUGGUGCUGGGUUUUUGGAACAGUAUUGACUCUUAAGAACGUUGUUAUAUAAAGCACUUUAAGCUGCAUGUUUAACUCAGUUUCGACAUUUAAUGCACAUCCCUCAUUUCAAAGAAGGGGAUAAAUGGCAAGUGUUGGCAGCUUCUUUCUUCUUUUAGUAUGCAGAUAAACAAUGCAGCAAUGACUAUAACACUGGCAUUUUGGCUGUACUAUGCUUUUGCUAAAUUGUGUACACUCUUGUUUAAUUUCAUUCAUCCUCUGUUAAUAAUUGUAUUGUUCCUCAUGUUGCAAAAUGACAGCGCCCCUACCUCAGAGUCCUAUGAUGUAAGUGAAGACCAAGUAAAGUUGGAGAUACAUAUUUCAUAUUCCUCUUGGCUUACCAAAUAGAAAAAGGGGUCAGUUUUUACUGUUUUGACAGUCAAUGUUUUAUAAAUACCUGAAAAUCUUAAUAAAUUGAACAUACUUGUG